AUGAGAGCAGUCCGAUUGAAAUGAGUGAUAAUUAUUGGUAUAUGGUACUCCAAUGAGUGGUUAAUGUCACACGGUACUACAAAUAGUAAGAAACAGAAAGUAAGUGCAGUUCGCCUAUCCUCGUUCCCCAUCGGACAUGUCCGGCAGUAUGCGUUGGCCCAAGCAAUGCCUACUGCUCUUGUAAAGCAGAACAGGAGCACCAACAGAACGCACGAGACGAGCGUCGUGGACCGAUCGAUUCAGGAAGUGUCACACGGGCGGCAGCGGUGGGUGAGGCGGCUGGCGCGGGAGAUGGUGGCGCAGGCGGUGGAGGCGGUGGUGCGCCGCGUCUGGCGGGACGGAGGGCGGCGGCGGCGGCGGCGGCCUCGCAGCAGCGGAGGGGUGACGGCGCGCGACGUGGAGCAGGCGCUGGAGGCGCUCGCGCCCAGCCCGUCCGCCACCCCGCGCACCCCUGGGUCCCCCACGCCGGUGACGGAGGAGGGCGAGCAGCUGCAGCUGCAGCUGCGGGAAGACGAAGGAGGGCGGGUGCCGCUGGCGUGUUGUCAUGAUGGAAAAGCAGACACACCUCUCUUUUGUUGUCUUCUAAUUGAUUUCGAAGAUUUUUGGAAGACAAUUGUGUACCAGUGGGCUGUCACUGUCCUUUGGUCUUCAUAUGCAGCAGUGGCAGUGUAG